AGACGAGGCCACAGAAACAGCAGGAAAUGGAGGUGGGGGAAGAAAAACCUACAUAACAACUAAAGAUUUUCAAUAAUUAAAGAAAUGAGUCAAACAUCUCUGAAACAGAAAAAGAAGAAUGAGACUGGAUCAAGAUAUUCAAAAGACAGUGUAGAAUCUGAGAAAAGGAAGGAUUCCGACAAGUCAGGAAUUCGCCUGACAACUCAGAUGAGACGUGUAGGCUAUCCGAAUCACUUGCUGAGAUGUUGCCCCAUGAGAGGUCACACUUCGUGUAGACGCUGCCCUUGUGUCCCUGAGGGACCAAUCCUCCUUAGUCCCUGCCGCACAAUACGUAUUUAUAUUCACAUGUGCCUGUUGUGGGAGCAAGGACAUCAGAUCACCAUGAUCAGGGGAUCCCAAGAAAUAGCAUUACCGAAGACAGACUCUCGAGGGUACCUUUUGCGAAAUCAGUGGUCCGGAACUUCACGCGGUGGGGCAUCUACCAGGGCUCCAUCUGUAGACGAAGCCCGAAGCAAGAAUACCAGUCUUAAGGUCGCCAGUAGCUCCGCGACCUCCAGGACUUCGUCCGCCUCCCCUAGCCAGCAAGACUCACCUAAGCUUUCUGCCCAGCCCUCACUGCCAACGCCUCCCUUGCAGCAAUCGUCACCCAAGGGCCCGGAUUCCUGCCCCCCCACACCACCCGAAGGCGUGCAGCAGCCAGUGUCUCGGCGCGGCACCAAGAUGCAUGAGAAUCCGGAUGGCUGGGCUCACUCCAGAGACCCCCGCGAUGCUCGGGAUGCCCGGGAUGCCCGGGACGCCCGGGACUCCAGGGACCCCCGCGACCUGCAGCACCGGGACUACCCCCGCACGCCCCCCUCCGAGUGGAAGUCCUACCCCCAGCGCCGGCAGGUGUACCCCUCCCAGGCCGACCGGGACUGCUUGCCGGAGCUGAGCCGCCAGCCGCGGGACGAGGACGACGACGAGGAGGAGGCCUACUGGGCGUCCGUGAAGACGCUCUACGAGAAGAGUCCUAACUGCUCCCGCCCCCGACCGCCCAAGCCCAAACACGCCAUCACCAUCGCCGUGUCAUCCCAGGCGCUUUUCAAUAUGAUGGACGGCAGGAAGAUCUAUGAGCAAGAGGGUCUGGAAAAGUACAUGGAGUACCAGGUCAUGAACGAGAACGUCAUCCUGACCCCUGGACCCGCCUUCCGCUUUGUUAAGGCACUGCAACAUGUCAAUUCUAGACUCCGUGAUCUGUAUCCUGAGGACCAGGAAUUAUUUGAUAUUGUGCUGAUGACUAAUAACCAUGCCCAGGUGGGAGUGCGGCUUAUAAACAGCGUCAAUCACUACGGAUUACUCAUUGACCGUUUCUGUCUGACCGGUGGAAAGAGCCCCAUCGGCUACCUGAAGUCCUAUCUGACCAACUUCUAUCUGUCCUCGGAUUGUGAAAAAGUGCAAGAAGCCAUACAAGAAGGAAUCGCUGCAGCAACAGUGUUUGAUGGGACCAAAGACAUGACCUACUGUGACACACAGCUCCGUGUCGCCUUUGAUGGAGACGCCAUCCUGUUCAAUGACGAUUCUGAACAGGCUGCCAAGGAACAUGGGCUGGACAAAUUCUAUCAGCAUGAGACCGUAUGUGACAACAAGACUUCUGCUCAGGUUCCCCUGAAAGCCUUUCUGGAAGAACUGGGUAGACUGCAGAAGAAGUUCUACGCCAAAGACGAGCGGUUGCUUUGCCCUAUCAGGACCUACCUGGUCACAGCCAGGAGUGCGGCCAGUUCAGGAGCCCGUGUGCUGAAGACCCUUCGCCGCUGGGGUCUGGAGAUCGACGAAGCUCUUUUUCUCGCGGGAGCUCCCAAAGGUCCCAUUUUAGGGAAGAUUCGACCUCACAUCUUCUUUGAUGAUCACAUGUUCCACAUUGAAGGGUCACCGAAAUUUGGCGCCAACACACCUCACGUGCCUUACGGCGGUACUCAGAAAUGAACACCUAGGGAUAAGAGGAGAAAUAAACUAGUGCGACCGGUGUGACAGAAACUACUUUUUUGGGGGUCUCUAGGCUAACUAGAUAGGUAUUCCGGAAGCUAAGACGUUAGGACGCACCUUAUUUCCAAAGGAUUUCUCUGGAUUUAAAAAAAAAAAAAAUACUCAAGUUACCUUCAAGUUGCUUUUGUUUGAGCUGUCAAUGCUGUUGACUACCACUGCAUCCAUCUUUGUAUAUAAAUCAUUAUUAAGCUUUCA